CUUUCCACAACUUCAGGAAAUUUUGAUGUGCAUAUAUCAUUCGUCAUGGUACUCGGUCACACUUUCGAUUCAUGACAAGUUGAGGUGGGGCGCGUAGAUUUGACUAUAAAAGUUUCCAGUCCAGACCAAAGACCAUAGAGCUCUGUGAUCUUUGGUCCGGGUCGUGACUUCGCUCAGUACGAGUGGACGGCAAUAUUAGCGGAUACAUCACUCGAGGAAAAUGUCUCAAACUUUGACAAUGGCAACUACAGAUUUGCAGUGCAAAGUGAAUAACACAGCGCACAAUGCGGACGAAUUCGGCUUCGAACGACUGGUUCUGAGGCGGGGUAGUCGUUUCACCAUCACUGUGAAUUUCAUGUUCAGGGGAUACCAGCCAAAUGAUGACAAGGUCUCCUUCAUCGUGCAAACAGGUGUGGAGGCUUCAGGGGCAUUUGAAAAAAUCACAUUUCCACUUUCAAAUACACUGGCUGAAAAUUCAUGGAAUGCUGCCCUUGUAAGCAACGUUGGAAACCAGUUAACCCUGUCCAUUUGCUCACCGUCCACCAGCAAGAUUGGUCACUUCUCCUUGAAUAUGAUGUGCUCAACAAAGGACCAAUCUAGUAUAUUUAAUCUGGGAGAAUUCAUCUUGCUCUUCAACCCCUGGUGCUCAGCUGAUGCUGUUUUCCUGGAUGCUGACGAUAAACGCAGAGAAUAUGUGCUGAAUGACCAGGGGUUGACAUAUUAUGGUACACAUAAACAUAUUUCGGCCUCAGCCUGGAAUUUUGGACAGUUUGAACAUGGCAUUGUGGAUAUUUGCCUGAAACUCUUGAACGCCAGCAAAAACUAUGAUGAUAAUCCAAAAGAAGAUUUCUCCAAAAGAAAUGAUCCUAUUUACAUCAGCAGGAUUAUAUCUGCUGUGGUGAAUUGCAAUGAUGAUAAUGGGAUACUAUUGGGUAAUUGGGGCAGUGACUAUUCAAAAGGAAUAGCUCCAACACAGUGGAAUGGAAGCAUUUCUAUCCUUCGCAAAUGGAAUGAAUUAGGGUGCCAGCCUGUACGCUAUGGGCAAUGUUGGGUGUUUGCCGCAGUUGCCUGCACUGUUUUGAGAUGUUUGGGAAUUGCCACUCGACACAUCACAAAUUUCAACUCAGCCCAUGACAAGGAACAAGAUUUGAAAAUUGAUACCUUCUGCGAUGAGAGUGGAAGAACGUUGAACUUAACAAAAGAUAGCAUGUGGAACUACCAUUGCUGGGUAGAGUGUUGGAUGACACGCCCUGACUUGAAGCCAGGCUAUGAUGGUUGGCAGGUUCUGGACCCAACUCCACAGGAAAAGAGUGGAGGUGUGUUCUGCUGUGGACCUUCUCCUCUCAAAGCCAUUAAAAAUGGAGAUAUUGAUCUGAAAUAUGAUACCCCAUUUGUCUUUGCUGAAGUCAAUGCUGAUUGUGUGACAUGGCUAGUCUAUAAAGAUGGUUCAAAAAGACAGAUUAGUGUCAACCAUCAAUUAGUUGGUCAGCACAUCAGUACAAAGGCUGUUGGCAGAGAUGAACGCGAGGAUCUCACACACAAUUAUAAAUACGCAGAAGGUUUACAGGAAGAAAGGGAUACUUUCAAUAAAGCAGAUGCGAAACUCAAUUUACCGACCAAAUUGGAUAAUACGAUGACUAUAAAACUGAAUGCAAGCCAAACCAACCUGAAUGGACAGAAUUUUGAGACCUCUGUUGUUGUUAAAAAUAACACUUCAGUGGUGAAGAAUUGCAGGCUCAUGUUCUGUGCCCAAACCAUCUUGCACAAUGGGAAAUCAAUUCAGGAGUGUGGAUGGAAAGAUUUGGAGAGCUUCAAACUUGGACCUCAGGAAGUAAAAACCGAGACCUUUCAGGUGCGUUAUUCAGACUAUAGCAAGUCCAUAACAGAACACAAUCAGAUUUGCAUCACGAGCCUUGUUAUAGAGUACGACGCAAAUGAAGUCCUGGUUGCCAAAAAAGUGAUCACACUGCAGAAUCCAGAACUGGACAUUAAGAUCAUAGGAGAACCAGUACAGUAUCGAGAAAUCGUGGCGGAAAUUUGCUUUACUAACCCGCUGCCAGAGCAUCUGUAUAAUGGGGUCUUUCAUGUGGAGGGAGCUGGCCUCACUGAAGAACAGGUGCUUCAGUGCCCGGUUAAGUCAAUUAGCCCAGGCCAGCAAGUAAAGAUAAGGACAAAAUUCACACCUCAGAAAUCAGGCCUGAGAAAAAUGAUUGUGGACUUCGACUGCAACAAGCUGAAAGAUCUGAAGGGUUACAAAAACAUUAUUAUUAAACCAUCUCCUAAAUAGUGCCAAUCAUACUGAAAGAAAUGCUGUAUCUGAGAAUGCAACUUUAAAAAAGACUGGGUAACUCAGCAGAGAUUAACUAUUGCAUUCCCUUGUCUCUUAAAAAUUACUUCAAUGAUAAAUUAUAUUUUUGUGAUAAAAUGAACCACUGUUGUGUUGCAUUGUUCCAUUAUUUUGUGCUCUUAUGAACAGACAAAACCAGGGGGAAGGAAGAGGCUUGUGUUUCUCAUAAAACUUCAGAACACCUGUUAGUAUUUUUGUUGGUGCUUCCUGUUUGUCAGCUCAGCUUUUUGAUACACUGGCAGCCUGCAACACGAGGAUCAGCAAAUGGGCAAAAAGCAAUAGGGAAGCAUUGAGACUACAGAAAGCUUGUGGUUUGGCGACUAGUCAACUGAUGCGAUGAUGCCAGAGGUUGGGGUGAGAUCAUACCUUAUAAUUAAGAACAUAAUGAUCAGUUGCUGGCUGACUUGCUGAGUCUUUCCAACAUUUUUUGAAUUUAUUUCAGAUUUCCAGCAUCUGCAGUGCUUUAAUUUUUAUUAUUUGUUGAUGAGGAACAUAAUUAAGAACAUGUAGAAGUUCACAUGGUAUCUUCCAAACUUCCCCAAUUAAUCAUAUCUGCACAGUCUUCUAUUCUCUACUUAUCUAUGCCUUGUUGUCUUUCAAUGAAACAAAUAUAUAACAGGAGAAUUUAUAUUUUUCAUGGGUUGGGCAAGCGUAGUCAGGGUCUGGGGUGGGGUGGUUAGUUUAUGGGCGGCUUGUGAAAUACCAUUCCAAUUAUCCUGAGACAAAGCUGUGUUGUAUGUAGUAGGCCAGGAAUGUUAACCUGCUUUCUUAUCAAACCUCCAGCUGCUGAGAAUUAAGAUUGUUUCCAAACAUCUGGUCUCUGCAUUUGCAUUUGUCCUGCAUUUCUUCUGUUAUAUUCCACGUAAGAUGCAGCUUAUCUGAGAGGCUUCAUUGUCCGCCAGAGGCCACCGUGUGUGGGCCUCUUUAUACAUGAGGCAGGCAUCAUGUAGUUGCUGCGUGACAACUCUUCACAUGUAUCAUUUAAAGAGAGUAGGCAAUCAAAUAUUAGGUCGUCAUAUCAUGGCAGUAAUAGCUAUUCAAGAAUGUUAAGACACUGAACCAAAUUACUAAAGUUUUCUAUCAGAAGCAAUCCUCUUUGAAAACAAAAGGACACAAAGUGCUGGGUUAACUCAGUGGGUCAAGCAACACCUAGAGAACAAAGAUAGGUAUGUUUUGGCUCCGGACGCUUUAAUAGUGUAGGGAUCCAAUCCGAAACAUCACCUAUCCAUGCUCUCCAGAGAUGCUGCCUGACCUGCUGAGUUACUCCAGCAUUUUGUGUCCUUCUGUGCAAACCAGCAUCUGCAGUUCCUUGUUUCUGCACUCUUAUUUUGGAAGUUAAUUCCAAGGCCAAUCCAUUAACAUGAGCAUAAAAUAAAAAUUGGCAUGUUAGUGCAGUUCAAAAGUAUUUUGCCUCUAAUUGUAAAUGCUAUCAUGAAACCUUGGCCAUUUAUUACAUUGUUGGCGUGACAGGGUUAUUCCUGCAUUUCCUUGCAUUAUAACAAUGACAGUACUUAAGAAGUGUUUUCCAAGCUAUGAAGCAGGUUCGGUUACGAAUGCGAAUGCCUUCAACAUUUACGUUUAAAUUAGCUGUUGAAAUUGCCCAGUCGAACAAUGGAAUGUACAUUGAGGUCAAGAACUAUGAUGAUAUGUGUUAUUUUAAUGGAAACAGCAAUUUCUUUGUGUGACCUAAAUAUAAACUUUGACUGGGUAACGUCCUUAUUAUUGUUACAAGGUAAUCUGCUUAUUAGAUUUUCUUUUGCUUUCAACAUAAACAUUUUAUAAAUCAUAAUGGAAUUUUGCUAAUUAUCCAAUCAAUAAAAUGUUUUACAAAGAGUA